GGAAAAUUCUUAGUUGUGUCAAUGACAAGAUUAGAACUCAUCUAUCUAUCUAUCUACACCAAAGUCGUUUUUGUAGAUCUUUGUAGUCAGUGACAACCAUGGAUACUGCUACAUCUAGAUCAGGUCCUAAGAUUUCGACCGGUUAUUUGAGGGGCAGAAGAUCUUUAACGGGAGGAAAAGACAAGAAAGCCUCCGUGGGCGGCGACAAACGCCUGUCGGCGAGCUCCCGGGACAGGCGGGCGUCCGCUGACGCGGCAGAGAGGCGGGGCCAGGGGGAUGUCGGCAGGUGGGCAAGUUCUGAGGAGAAACGGAUUUCGUCUGUGACCGGAAAGCAAACGAAACAGGAAACGAAGAAAGACUCGGUAGUAGAUUCGAUGAGCGUAAGCCAAGAAGUGUGCGAUAGAAUAAACAAUGAGAUCAUGUCAGACGACGACAUUCAGAAGGAUAUUGCGGAGCUACAGGAGGGUCUUCUCACCCUGCGGGUCAUGUUAACGGACCUACAGGACAUACGGGCCACGAGGGACAGGACCCGUGGAGUGCGGGGUGUGGUGCUGGGUGUGGCGGACUUGGCGGCCUCCCUCAGCCGGGAGCAGGCGGUCUGGAUCCCGUUCGUGUCGUCAUCACUGAUCGUCCUGCUGCUCUGUCAACUCGUGCGACUCUUCUUCCGCUGACAUCAUAUACAUCUACUUCAUAUGAUAUUCAUAUAUAUCCAAAUAUUCAUAUUUGGUUAUUAUAAGUGUACUCAGUAUGUCAACCUAUUAUAGGAUAUUCUUCUUUAACGUACUGAAUCUCCAUAUGGCUAUUUUGCACAAACAUUAACGUUAAAACAACUUUUGUUUACUCUCCACACCUUCAUAAAGCAACAUCAAGUUUAAACAGUAAAUGGCAGUAAAGGGACAUCGGUUGUGCUGCUAUUCUUUUGUACUGACGUUUGUUCGUGCUAUCUGCGCACCUGCUACGUUUUUGUCCUUGGUGCCGAAAAGUCUCCCACUGAGUCUUCCGAAAGAAAGUGGAAGCUUGUUGAUCCACCGUCAGUCUCGACUCUUCAUCUUUUGUCAUCCUCAACUGAGUCAAGGUGAAGCAUGAUGCUUUUUUCAAGUGUAGAAAUGUGUGCUUCGCUAGGCCUCGCGUAUUUAGCCAAGCACACCGAGUCAACCCUACCCUUCCUGAUGUAUGUUUUUUGGGCGUAUCCUCUUACCUGGAUGUCUAUAUCCUUCACCGCGAAGUGACGUCUAUCUGGUUUGCCUUGAGUUGCAGCCUUUCGGUAGAAUACUUUUUCGACAUCGUUUUCUACAACAUUUCCAGCACAAUGUCUACUACAGGAAUGACAACACAUAUUUGUGUAGCUUGUCGACUAUUUGUGAAAGUGUUUUUAUAAAGAAAAAUGUCGCAGUUAGCUGAUAAACCACGUUACAACGGGCUCAUUUAUACAUGUAAAGGAUUCGUAUCAUUUCAAUGCCUAACGCUUGACUCUAAGAGAUGAAAUCGCUAUGAGCGAAAUUACACAUAGUUUAAAGUCCAGUGUAUGCAACACACCUGUUAAGCCCUCCAAACUGUAGACCUGAUGUGCUCUCAAGUUACAUUCAUAGGUCAUUGGAGGUGAAAUAUUUCGGAUAAAUGACGUUCUACGGAAGGUUUUUCAGCCAAAAGGACUAAUUUAACACAGACAGGCUAAAUAUGGCUCUUAUUAGCGGCUGUACUGUAUACACGUUCGUACUGUAUAUUCGUUAUCAAUCGUUUGUUGGAGCUUUUGUUUAUUCAUGAAUACACAAUACAUGUACAACUCAAUACUGGCCGCUUUUCAUUGAGACCAUGAUAGCCUGUUGCCCAAACCAUUUAGCUGCCAAUUCUCUUACG